AUCCUUUCCCAACGUCCAAGCAACCUUAGCACUGACAUUGCCACCAUAAUUAGCUGACAGUGAAUGAAAUGAGACACAAAAAUUACUCGAGGAACAAUUGGAUAACUUUCUAUGUCAUAAUGUUAUGGUGGCAUUAGCUGAAAGAGAGGAAUUUCUUCAAUUUCCUCCGGAAUUAUUGUUUUUGUGUCCAUCCAUGUGUAACUCGGGCUGACUUUGUCAUCUUAUCAUAGCCCCACUAGUUUCAUAUGAAAUUUAUAUAUAGUAUUGAGACUCUUGAAUUGGCUCCUACAAGACAGCUGGUUGACGCGAUAUUUGUUGUGGUUGUUCUUCCUCAGUGUUAUCAGAAUGGUGUCGAUGAGAAUUCUAUGGACCAUGUUCAUCGUUUUCAUAUGUGUAGAAGCUCAAAGAGAAUACCAUCGGAUCCAUGUACCAACCAGGAUAAAAACAAUAUACCACACCAAAAUCAUAAAAGUACCUGAACAUCAUCACUACAUCCACGAGAAAGAGAAGCUUGUUCCAGUAGUUUCGCACCAUCAUCAUUCAUCCCAUCAUAAAUCUUCCAGCUACACCGAUGUGGACGUUGAAGAAUCUAAAUUAGAAUACCACCAGGCAGCUGAUAACUACCAGCCCCUAGACGAAGAUGAUUUCGAAUUGGACUCGUAUAGAAUAGCAUCUGAUUAUUUGCCGAGUUACAAGAAGACUCCCAAGAUUCAUCAUAAGAGGAAAAAGCCUAGACCCUUAAGAGUUAAGCAUAAGAUCAUUAAGCUGCCCCCAAUUUGAGACUUCACAUGUAUUCUGUACUGGAGAAUUCAGAUGCCAUAAACUAUUAUUGAGGAAAGUUACCAAAAUACUUGAGCAGAAAGCGUAAUAGAAACAAAAAAAAUGCAUGGAAACUCACUAUGUUCCAAAUGAUGAUGAAUAAGUAGGAGACUGUAGAGAAAAAAUAUGCACAGUGCACGUACAUAAAUUAGAAAUGUUAGUUAUCUACAUGAGUUAGU